AUGCUGACACAAGCUACAAUGAGAGAUAUUGUGGUGCUUGGUGGAUCUUCACAUCCUCUCCUUACAAAGACAAUCUGUCGCAACUUGACAAUUGAACCCGGUGAGCUUGACUCUCAUAAGUUUGCCAACGGUGAAACUUCCAUAAUUGUCAAAGAUAGUGUUAGGGAAAAAGAUGUCUUCAUAGUUCAAAGUGGAUGUGGGCAUGUGAACGAUACAUUCAUAGAGCUACUUAUUACUAUAGCGGCUUGUAAAACUGCAAGUGCCAAAAGAGUGACAGCAGUGUUACCGUUGUUUCCAUACUCACGACAACCUGAUGUGCCAUUCAUGCCUAAUAGCACGGGGGCCCCCAGUGUCUCAACAACAAAGGAAACUUACACCUUUGAAAGUGCACCAAGUACUCCAAAGCCGUUGUCUAAAAAUGACAACAGAGACUUUUUUAAUAAUGCUGGUGAAACCAAUGUCAACACCGGGAAUAUAAACAAAGAGAAUCCUAGAAUGGAUAAGAUAAAGCAUCCCCAGCCAGCAAGAUAUACUCCGAAAUCAGUGAUUACCAAUUCUGCAGCAACACAUUUUUUGCCCCAGAUCGAUGCUCAAGGAAAGACUGACAGUGGAUACAAACAAUGGAUCUCGCCUAACGGAACAUUGAUCGCUAAUUUACUCACCACCGCUGGUGCUGAUAGAGUAAUUACCAUGGACUUGCAUGAUCCGCAAUUCCAGGGGUUUUUCAACAUACCAGUUGAUAACUUGCACUCAAGACCGAUAAUGAAACGCUACAUUACCGACUACAUACCUAAUUACCGUGAAUGUGUGAUUGUGAGUCCAGAUUCCGGAGGAGCCAAACGUGCUACAGCCAUUGCCGACUCUAUUGGAUGCACAUUUGCUCUUAUUCACAAAGAAAGAAGAGCCAAAUUGCCCAAAGGACCACCACAGACACCAUCCUCGACGAGCAGUACCUUUUUAACUUCGGAUUUGACACAAACCACCGCCACUCCUCAAUCUCCAUAUCACCAGAAUACUCCCAAGAUGGUGGCUACAACCAUGUUAGUUGGUGACGUCAAGGAUAAAGUUUGUGUUUUGAUUGAUGAUUUGGUGGAUACUUCGUACACAAUCACAAGGGCGGCAAAACUACUCAAGGACGAAGGAGCCAAGUAUGUUUACGCUUUAGUCACACAUGGAAUAUUCAGUGGGGACGCUAUCAAUAGAAUCAGAAUGAGUCAAAUAGACAAAGUUGUCACGACAAACUCCGUUCCUCAGAGUGAAAAUGUGGCAAUCUUGAAAGACCGGAUGGAGGUUUUGGAUGUCAGCAGAAUAUUUGCCGAGGCAAUUAGACGGAUUAAUAAUGGAGAAAGUGUAAGCAUGUUGUUUGAUCACGGCUGGUGA